GGUACGUUGCGUUCGGUAUUGUCGUGGAAACGCGCGUGCUCCAUGCCUUCAACGAUAUUGGAGUCCAAGAGGAGAAGUUAAUCGUUCCGCGCGUGCGACACUUUCUGGUGAUAUCGGUGAUAUGGUGGAGGUGGAAUAAUUUAAUGGAGUAACAUAUCAAAAAAGAUAGAAUAUAAUCAUCUUUUUGAAGUGAUUUGUGUUUCAAUCGAGUGAGCGAUCUGCUCCCGAUCUGAGGACCAGCCGUCCGAAAGUGAUCUACAUCUGUUGGGGUGUUAUGUAUCGAUCUGGUGCUGGUGUUCCGAUUUUACGGAUGCCCCGUAAUGUUGACCUAGCUGAUUAACAGGUCUGAACCAGCGCUGGCAGCAGCGAGUAUAUAAGUUUGGUUAGUGCUACAGUACAAAUGUGUCAAAAAACAAGAAGAAACGUGCUCUGGUCGAUCGAGCAAAACAAACAGAGAGUGCAUUUGGUUAGCUUUUUGUUUCCUUCCUGUAUGUUUUCCCAUCGAGCCGGGCUGUGGAGCCGUUGUUAAUGAUGCUCGGUGGCACGUAGUGAUGUGCGGUACUGCUACUGAAACGACGACGACGACGACGACUGUUGGUGGCCAGCUUGAUGCCGAGUGGCAAUUUUGAGGAAUCGAGAUUAAUUUUGCUUGUUAACGUGGAAAUUAGCAUGCGCGAAACGAGAACGCCCGGUGGAUGGGAGCAUUGUUACCCAGUAAAACGUUUUCCUGAAAAGUGAUACUGAAGAAAGUGUUCGCUGCAGUUGAAGUGGAAUUAAUAGAAUAUGUGCUUAAGCUGCUGUCGCUUACAAAACAUCUCUGGCGGAGAGAUGGCAUCACUGCGCCCGGAAUGUCAACAUGAAGUGCAUUAAAAAACAAGGGCCAGGAGGCUUGUCGCGGUUGCAGAACAUCGGACCUCAAACGUAAUAAAACGAGUUUGUUUACCAACAGCAGCACAAGUAGCAGAACAAAUAGUGCGCCACCGAAUCGGGGACUUUGGAUGAAAUUAAUGAGUGUGGAUUUGAAAUAGAUGCUUAUUUGUUAACGGAUUCGCUGAUCGCCGCGAUGCAUUGUAAAUUGUGAGGUUCGAGAAUAGAGAUAAUAUUAUACCGUAAGCCGUCGGUUCGUCGCUUAAUGUGCUGAAGUCUCUGGUGGUUAUUUCGCGGAAAUAUUUAUGAAACAGUGUGUAUAUUUCGGAAACAUUGAAUUUUGCUAGUUCUUCUGAAUUUGUGUGUAGGUGUGUAGGUGUGUAAUGUUGGUUGAGCUAACCAACUGUGAGAAUCGAUAACGAUCGAAGUUAUUACUGUCAUAUUUGGAACCGACCCUAGCAGUAUUUUCCCAAAAGAGCGUACGGAGCCUUGUUCAAAAAUGUUUACUAGAUUCGACGCCAACAAAUCAACCAAAGGAGCCUCGAAGCUGCGACGCGAUCUGAUCAACUCGGAGAUUGCGAACCUGCGGGACUUGCUCCCGUUGCCGCAGUCUACCCGCCAACGGUUGUCCCAGCUGCAGCUGAUGGCACUGGUUUGUGUUUACGUGCGCAAGGCUAAUUACUUCCAGCAAGUGUUCAAACGCAGUAUUGACAUUGGAAUGCACACAGCUCCCACGCCAAAUAUAGGAUUCUCGAAGGCCAUGUCUGGUUUUCUGAUGAUGCUGACGCAGAACGGGAAACUACUCUAUAUCUCCGACAAUGCUGCCGAGUAUUUAGGACAUUCCAUGGAAGACCUGCUGAUACACGGCGACUCGGUAUACGACAUAAUCGACAAGCAGGAUCAUGGUGCCAUCCAGUCUGAGCUGGGCCGCGGGGUCCCUCAGCACCAAACGAGUGCAUCUAAUCACCACAGUCACCAUGGCCACAGGAGCUCAUCACAGCUCGAUGGAGAGCAGCGGAUAUUUCUGUGCCGGAUGAAUGUUAGCCGAAACGCACGACGACAGAUGCGAUUCGGAGAUCAAAAGGUUGUGCUCGUCCAGGGUCACUACCUCUCGUACCUGCCACUGUGUAGCCGAAACGAGCCAGUGUUCAUUGCGACAUGCACCCCCAUCGCAAUGCCCGAGACGCGGGAAUGUGUGGUCCAGGGAGCAACCAACUGCUUCACCACUAUCCAUUCGAUGGACAUGAAGAUUGUACAUAUAGACAAAAAUGGUGAGUUCCAUCUUGGCUACAGUCGGAGCGAGCUGCAGGGCAUCUCCUGGUACCAACUGUUGCACUGGGAAUCGACACGGGAAGCGCAGAGCAAACAUCGACUGAUAACCCAAUCCGAACAGGACCGUUCCUGCAUUCUGCUGGUGCGAAUGCAGAGGCGGCAGAACGACUUCAUCUGGGUGCACGUGGUGCUACAAGUCCGGGAUGGCCAGGAUUCGAACCAGCAGUCGAUGAUCGUGUGCACGAACCAAGUCUUGAGCGAUCGCGAAGCGUCGGUGAUGCUCACAAAUUCUUGGCUGUACCACUACUACACCGUCCAGUCAAAGAUGCAAUUCGGGAUACCGUUCGAAGGAGCCACUCGUAUUCCGCCUAGUACCUCAUACUACCAUGGCCAUGGGCAUCACUCUCCCACCGCUACUAUCCAGACCCACGGAUACAUUGCACCACCGCAUCAUGUGUCCUAUGGAUAUCAUUCUCCGGUGGGGCAAUCCGGGGGAGGAACCAGUGGUCACCACCACAACGGGACUCCGGCCACGAUAAUUAGUCACCAUCAUCAGGGCUUAGCGGGGGAUCACUACCGGCCAUACGCCUACCGCUUGGACACCCAACCAGUGGAUUACAGCAGUCAGCCGCAAUCUUCUUCGAUGCUUCCCGAUCAAAUUCGAUGUGAGAGUACCGGUAGUGCCAGCCAAAGCAUCCAAAAUACACGCAACGGGACGCCACCCGUAAAAAAACGUGCCCUGAACCGGCUGGAACCUCUUUAUAUUCCCGAGAACGGUCAGGACUCACCGGAGGGUUCUAUAACAGAGCUACAUCCUCCAACCAACACCAUGAAUCCUGAACACCCCGAUGGUGGUCUACAUGCCAUCGCCUCGGGUAUUGCCGGAAUCGGAACGAGUGGUGCAAUGAUUGGCACUGGUGGAGUACAAACCAUGUCCCUGUCUACCUCACUGCACACGCGAAGCAACAGAAUCCUGAAGGCACCUCCCUCCUCAUCCCUAACCGAACCCACCGAUUUCAUCGAUCAGUGGAAUCCCAGUCCACCCUGGUCGGAUACCACCAUCCAAAAAGUCCCAGAUAUCGCCCACCAGGAACUGAGCCCUUACAUGACCACCACUCCGCCCACGCCCACCAGCGCUCAUCACAUUACCGGCAUACCCACGACCUUCUCGUUCGACUGGAUGCCGGAACAGUUCGUCCCCAUCAUGACGGAUUGCCACACGGCACCCGCUCCCGUCUCGACGUGCGUUCUUUCGUGCACUCUCAAUCAGGACGGAAUCCCAGUGCCGAUGUCCCUCCCAAUGCCAGUACCGCUACAAAUUCCGCCGCCCCCGUGGCCAUCGGAUCACCGGCUACUAGCGCUGGAUGGUAUUCCUGCAUCGGCAUCAUCUUCGUCAUCAUCGUCUACCGAUCGGAAGUCGAUCGAUGAACAGCAGCAUCUACUGCUCCUACAACAAGGCUCCUCCUCGUCCGGGAUGGAUGCCCAUCGGGAACUCAAACGAUCUCACUGAACAGCAACGGUCUGCUCGGUUUGAAAAAGCCAUUCCAUAUCUCCAGUAUCAGUAUUUUCGUUGUAACGUAGAGUACAGAGGCUAGGCGCCAGGUCUGAUUGUGUAAAUUAGAGGGUUAUCGAGUUAUCUGUUUGUACAGAGAUCAGAGCUUAGGAACGUUUCAGUGCUCCAAAAUUUCUCUGUCGUUUCAAUGGUUCUAAGUGCAAUUUUCACACCUAUAAAUAUUCCUAAGGUAAUAACAAUGUUUCGCAUUGGCGAAUAAACAAACAAUGACGUUAAACGUGCAUUUCAGUUCGAAGUACGAUUCCUUCCUAGUAUUUAUUUACCGGCAGUAUUUUAUUUAUUUAUUAUCUUUUCAUAGCUCUGC